AGAAUUGCCUGGCUUAUUGGCUAAUGAAGAAAUUUUGAUCAAAGGAAAUCGUCUAUUAACACCGUUACUAGAUGAAUCAAGCUUUGGUGGUUCCUAUAUAGAUAUAAAAGCAAACAAGAUAAAUAUCAACAUAGUAGAUUCAUCUAAGGAAAAUGACAUAAUGAGCAACCCUGUAAUGGAAGAAUACCUAAAUUUAUUGUCUUUCAAAAAAGUAUCUAAUUCCUUAGAUAAAUUAAAUACCGCUUUAAAUGAAUUACAUAAUAUGGCUAAAAGAUAUAACGCAACCAACCUUACAUUAAGUAAUGAAUACGAAUUUAAUAAAAUAAUCGUAUAUUUAAACGUUAAUGGUUAUGAAAAGAACAAAGCAUUUAUUGAUAAUGCUGAAAAAAUUUACCCAAAUUUGUUACAUAUUGUGAAUAAGGCUGAGAACAAGAUAUCUUUUAAUUUGUCAUCUAGUUCAUCUGCUUUAAAAACUCGCGAUAUAGAAAAA